UCGACUCUCGCGCCUACUUCCUGCCUCCUGUCUACGUCAACCGCGUGCCCAUGACUAGACAGUCAGUUGCUGGUCAGGAGGUUCUCGUCCUUACAUCAGCACCUGGACAGGCUGGUCAGUCUAACCCAGUGCCGACGAGUUCAUCUUCUGCUCAUUCAUCCAUUCCUCAGCCUCCUCGCCUUCAGGACAGUGACGUCAGAGACGAUGCUGCUAUGCAACGGAUUUUUGUCUGUCUUCAGAAAAUGUGUGAAGAGAACAGCGAUGUCAUGGUUGGAAUGACUCAGCUUCAGUUCGGACAGUACCUGGGGGAACCUUGUUACGCUGCCGCCGCUACCCACCUACCCCGACCCUCCAACCUUCCUCCUUCUCUACCACACAACUGGAAACAGGGAGACUUUGAUGUGCUUCUGAUUCAUCGACAGUACGGACUGGUAGUCUGUGAGGUGAAGGCAUUUGGUGACAAUAUUCAAUCUGUAAACAUGUCGCAGCAGGAUAUAGACGAAAACAUCAGAAAGAAGCUGACGGAGGCCGUGUCACAGCUGGACAAGGCGGAGGCCAUGUUGUCUCACCUGGUGUCCGACAUCGCUCCCGGUCUGCCCGUCACUAAGGUCAUCGCCUUCCCCAACCUCACGGCUCGUCAACUACAACAGGCUAUCUCCGGUGACAACCUCCUCAUUCAGGACCUGUGUCGGUGUCUGGGGGCAGGUGAUCCCGCCGACAUCCCAGAGAAGCGGGAAGCCCGGUGUGAUGCCAGCUGCCAUCGACUAGACAACGAGAUAUUCUGUGGUCCGGCGACAACAGUGACUGUGCCAUGUACAAGUCCUCCACGUGUGAGUGUCAAGACCCUGGGUCAGGCCGUGUGGUGGACAGGACAGUGCUACACUGCUGUCAUCACACUCUUCCCAGAGCAACUUCACCUGCUGAACAUGGCGCCUCCCAGACUCUUUGUUGCCGGACCGCCCGGUACAGGUAAAACUGUGGUGCUGCUGAUGAUGGGUAUAAAAUGGCUGCGAUGUGGUCACCCCGUCUGCAUUGUCAGUACUUGUAAUGAGAGUCGUGCAGCGUGCAUCAUGCUGUAUCACCUGUUGCUGCAGACAGUAAAGACACAACAGUCAGCAGGUGUCUCACCCGGUCAGCCUCACCUCCUGCAGUAUGAGCUUUAUAGAGACGGGGAGGCGGAGAAGGUCGUCAACGACUUGUCACAGGCAGCAAGAGGAGGGUCGUUGUACGUCAUCGCUGAUGAAGUGACGUUAGGCUUCCACACUGUGUAUGACAAGCUGCUGACACAAGUUCCUCAUCUCCAUCUUUGGGCGGCAAGUUAUUACCAUGGAGACGCACCCGCCGGCUGGCGAGUGGAAUAUUUAACCAGACCCCUCCGCUCUCCACCGGCCGUCGUCAGGGAAGUCGAGCAGAACGAAUGGAUCACUAAGCACAAUGUUCUCCCGUACAGUGAGCGAGGUGUGCCCGACCACACAGACGGCCCGCCAGUCAGACGACUGUGUCACGGAGGUCAAGGUCACUCAGGUGACAAUUCAGUUGACUGUGUGACGUGCGGUCGUGACGUGGCCAGCUUCCUACACAGUCUCCGUGUUGGUGUUACAGAGAAUGUCACGACAACAGCCACGACCGCCACGUCCACCACCGGCACCACAACACAGCCCUGCCUACAGUGGAGAGACGUUCUGGUGGUGUACUGGACUGAUAUGACUGACGACUCGGGUAUGGUGAAUGGACUUAAAGAAGCGGGUAUCCCAGUGCGGGUGAUGAAUGACAAUGACAUCGAUGACGUGGCCACGGCCCGCAGUAACGUGGUGUGGGUGACGCAUGGAUUUCAUGUUAGUGGUCUGGAGAGAAAAGUCGUCGUGUGUCUGGAGGAUCAUGAUACAGACCGGUUCCACGGUAUGUCCCGGUGUACGUCACAACUUGUGAUUGUCUACGAUGACGACAAAACGAAGGAUAAGUGACGUCAUACACAUGUUGUUUGUGACACAGUUAUGUAUAUCUAUUUAUACACUCACGGCUUUCACUCGUUUAAAGAAGCAGUGAGGCGAAGUAACAAGUGUAGUUACGGGCUGCAGCAGGCAAAGUGACGAGCGAUGCAUCGCCCUGACCAGCUGCCACGUGGAUGUAAAGAGGAAGAGGACACGGACGCCGUCUAACAAAACAAACAAAACAAUGAUGACAGGAAUAGCAAAUGGAAGCGGAUUUAGAAAAUAUAACUAACCUCCCGACGACUGGAUGUGCAGUAAUAAAGAACGGUUAUACUGUUGUAAGGAUUUAAUUAUUCAAAGCAGUCAGGACCGUGUGCUUUUGUGUUUGAGUAUUUGUACCUUAAGUGUAACAUUAUUUAAACAUGUGCUAACAAUAAAAAAAGGUCAGAUAAUAAUGCA